AACAUCACCAGAAACUACUGCACGAUAUUUACAUUUACAUCCAUUAAAUUUUGUUUUUCUUGAAAUUUAAUUUCAUACAUUGGCAGUGGCGUUAACCCGUUCCAACGGGGCGGCCAAAUAAUUCUUCCCUCUUCACGGAAGGAAGUAACUUAAUAUUUAAAAAAAAAAAAUAAAAAGUGGUCCGAUUUUGGUUUUCGAAAUACCUGACACACAACUCGCAAUCCCACCAUGGCUCCGCAGCAGAAGGGCAAACAGGGCACGAAGGGCGCCAAGCAAAUCGUCGAGGAGAACAAGACGACUCUGGCUUUCUACAGAAACAUGGCUAUUGGAUGCGCUGCACCCGCCCUGCUCCUCAGCUUCCUCGUCUUCGAAGUCACCAAGACCUCGGUGUUCAUGCACAUCCUGGCAUUGCUGAUCCUCGCCAGCUCCUAUCAGUUCAUGGUCUUCAUGUCGAAGGCAAAAUACUCUGAGAGCGGGGCCCUUGUGGACUCGGGCAACGACUUGAACAUGGAAGGCGGUGUGGCGGAAAACGUCAAGGACCUGAUCAUCCUCACCUCCGGCACACUGCUGCUGGCCCUCAUCUCCAACUACUUCUGGCUGGUGCUCCUCCUGGCGCCCGUCCGUGCCGGCUGGAUGCUCUGGGGCACCGUCAUUCAGCCCUGGCUGUCGCAGCGAAACGCCCAGGACGAUAAUCCCGAGGUAGACGAGAAAAAGCAAAGGAAGAUGGAGCGCAAGAUGCGGCGCAUGAGAUAGGAGACACCUCCCUGCCGAGGUGCUUUAGUGGUUAAGGGGUUCCUGUUUUCCAUGAGAUUCUAAGCUUAGUUGUGUGUGCGUUUCCAAAUUGUUAAAUGGUCAGAAAAUUAAACUGCUCGAGACAAAAGACAGUUCACAGUUUUUGUUAGUCAAAGCAUUUGUGCGAUUUAAUUGCGGUGAGUUUUCCAAGACGACGACAGGCUCCGCGAGGGAAAUUGCAUUUCCUGUGCAUUGUAAAUAUAUAUUCGUGUAAUUGUUUAUAAAUAAAUGUGCUUCAGUGCAGCAGGAA